AUGAAUCGGGCGUCCGAUGAGCUCAGGAAUACCACAGCUGAGACAGUAAUCAUCGCUGAUGACAACGACCGACAACUAGAUGUCAAUCGGCUGCAAAAUCUACCGCUACUCGAAGCAGUUGUAUGCGAAACACUGCGCUUGCAUUCGCCGGCUCUCAUUGAAGGCCGAAUUGCCGAAAACGACUAUCCAUUGGACGGCCGGAAAACAGGUAUAACUAUCAAAGCCGGCGAAGCGGUAGAGUUUGGCAUUUAUGCGAUGCAUAUGAACGCCGACUACUAUCCCAAUCCCGAACAGUUCAAUGUCGACCGUUUUCUACCGGAAAAUCGUAAUCAACUGAAUUCCUAUGCAUUUCUACCGUUUGGUUUGGGUCCGCGACAGUGUAUUGCCAAACGAUACUUUACUCGACAUUUUGAUUAUUGGUCAAAACGGGGUAUAACUGGUCCGAAACCAGUUAUUGGUUUUGGCAAUAAUCUGCCGCUAAUAUGGCGCACGCGAGCCGAUAAUGAUAUCCAACGUAUGCAUAAAUAUGGACACAUAUAUGGUUACUUUUACGGAAAUCUACCGAUUCUUAUGACUACUGAACCAAAUCUAAUCAAACAGAUCUGUUUGAAUGAUUGGCCAAACUUUGUUAACCGAUCCAAUCAUGUGGUCCAAAGUUCACACAAUCAUCCAAUACUUUGUCACAAUAUAGAUGAAGCACAAGACACGGACUGGAAACGGAUCCGAUCUAUAAUGAGUACAGCUUUUACAUCAGCAAAGAGCAGGUCAAUGAUGCCAAAGGUUAGGCAAUGUUUUAGACAACUGACAACAGUUAUGGACAGGUAUGUCGCCAAUGGCCAGACAAUAGACAUGCUUCAGAUGUACAAAAACACAGUGAUGGACAUCGUAGCCGCUUCUGUCUACUCUUUGGACUUGAACUCUGCGGUCAAUCCUAAUCAUCCGUUUGUCACAAAUAUAAAUCAAAUUUUAUAUCCAAAAUGGUAUCGCACUCUUGCAUUGAUUUUAUUGCCACAGUUUGUCCUUAAUUUGAUUGGUAUGAACCAACUGACCGACGAUACGUCUAACGAGUACUUCUUUCAGCUGACCCGUCAUAUUAUAAGUCAGCGAAAAGCUAGCACUGGGACGGGUAGUGGUGGUAACGAUAGUAGUGGUAAGCGCUGGGACUUUGUUGAGUUGCUUAUGGAGGCGCACGCUAUUGAAGACCAGACUAUUAACGAUAACAAUAAAAUAACUGAAGAUAACUAUAAACUCUAUGAAAAGGGUAUGACUAAAUACUUGACCGAAGACGAAGUCAUAGCCAACGCCUGGUUUCUGACUAACGGCGGCUAUGAUGUAACAGUUGUUACCCUUUCGUUUGCCACCUUUGAGUUGGCCUGUAAUCAAAGUGUUCAGCAAAAACUUUACGAUGAAAUUAUGACAGUUGUCAUCACUAACGAUGAUAAUGACCAACAACUAGAUGUCGAUCGGUUGCAUAAUCUGCCGCUACUCGAGGCUGUCGUAUGCGAAACACUACGCCUACAUUCGCCGACUAUAAUGGAGGGCCGUAUUGCCAAAAAUGACUAUCCAUUGGGUGGCCGUCACACAGGCAUCACUCUCCGAGCCGGCGAAACCAUAGAGUUUGGUAUCUAUGCGAUGCAUAUGAACGCCGACUACUAUCCAAACCCCGAACAGUUCAAUGUCGACCGUUUUCUACCGGAAAACCGUAACCAACUGACACCCUAUGCUUUCUUACCGUUUGGUUUGGGUCCGCGACAGUGUAUUGCCAAACGGUUUGCGCAAAUGCUCGUCAAACUAACACUCGCGACACUUGUAUUGAAAUACCGAUUCAAUACAUGUGAACAAACAGAUAUACCAACCAAAGUACAUAUAAGUAGUUUUUCAAAUGCACCCAAAUGUAUCAAUUUGAAAAUUCAAUCUAGAUAA